CUCUUUUUUUUUCUUCUACUUAUCACAAACAAGCGCUGCCAUCUUUUUCUACUUCUCGUCAUCCCUCUCUGUUCCUCUUGAGACACUCUUCAACACCGCACCUUUCGCUCUCCUCGCUUUAUCAAUUGACAAAUGGCACCACCCUCUGCUACGCAUCAGUCAAGCCCAACAGCUACUGCCGCUGUCACAGAAACUACCAGCACCGGCAAUAACCCCAGUUCUUCCACUCAACCCUCAGCACAACAGCAAAGCAGCAGCAGCAGCAGCACAUCUGCCUCUGUUCACCCAUUCUCAGAUCGCAUCCUUGCUGCAGAGCAUCGCUUCACGUCCCUGACCCAGAACAUUGCACACUUCAGCCCACUCAAGACCCAGCUGGACAGGCACAACAUCACCAUCGAGCGCCUCGAGAAUGAAAUAAAAGAAAAGACGGCGCUUCUUCAGUCCUGUCAAAAUAAACUGCAAGUACUCUCCCUCCCUACCCAUACUUCCCACUCUGUAUCUCCUGCCCUCUCUUAUUGUCAUUGUUACCGUAAUGAUCGGUUGAAGAUUACUGGCUCCAUUUGCAGAAAUAUCUUUUUUCUGCAAAACAAAUAUCCAUUCAAUGCUACACACACAAUGCACCCACCCCAUGGCACUUUGCUUGUUAUGAAUAUCUUAUCCCAUGCCACUUGGAUAUUACCGCUAAACAGUUUCUUUUUUCAACAGGAAAUCAAUGGCGAAGCGCCCACAGAACUCACGGCAAGGCAGCAACAUCAGUUUACAUGCCUCCGAGGAAGCAGAAACAGAGGCCCUUUUAGCGCAGCAACAGGCCACCAAGGAAAUACUCGAGUCCUUGAAUGGUCAGCUUUUGGCUGCCAAGAUCUUGUUCUCUUCGCAUGCACAGAAGAAUAUGAGGACGUGCUGCUGCAGGCGUUGUUUCUCGGAAUGAAGAACCGGGACAAUAGCAGCUGCAUAGAACAUGGAAGGCACUAUUAGAUGUAACAUGGGUGUGGGCGCGGACAAAAAGAAUACGGGAAGAAAAAAAAAAGAACAAUCGCAAGAUUUCGAUAGAUAAGAUUCUUGUUUCCUUUGUUUACGCGGUGAUCGCUGUGUGGGGAUACGCUGGAGAUUUUCUUUCAUCAGAUCAAAA